GGUUCACCUUAUACCCUCUCAUCCUCUCAGUGCAGAAUAAUUUUUGAAAACCCCAAAAUCUUCUCUUAUCUUCCCUCUCAAAGUUGCUCUACAAUGCUAAAUCCCUAAAAAGUCUCCAGCUUCAGUAUCAAAACCAGGUAUAUUAUUAAUCUUUAGUGUUGGGUUCAGGUUCUUUCCAAGUUUCAUGGAACAGCUCAUGUGCAUAUUGUAGAAAAAUGGCAUCUUUACCUCUUGUUUCAAAUGACAGAUUAUUAGUUACUCACAAGAAAUGGAAACCCCAUAUUGGAAAUUCUGAAUCUUUAAGAAGUUUCAAGAAUCAAUCUUGCUCAUUACCCAAUUCUUGUUUUACCUCAAGAUUCUGUAUAUCUCAGUCUAGGUACAAGAAAUGGAUGCUUCAUUUUGGGAAUUCUGACCCUUUUAGGAGAUUAAAGAAUCAAUCUUGCUCAUUAUCCAAUUCUUGUUUUACCUCAAGUUCUGUUCCUUUACUGGGGUUGAAUUAUAGGUUUUGUAAAUCUCAAAGUAGAUUACUGCAUUGUAGUACUGGGGUUAGGUCAAUGGUAAAUGAGAAGGGAGAUAUAGAAACCCAUUUGAACAAAACAGGAAAUAAUAAUAGUCGUAGGAAGUUUUCGUUGAGAUUGAGACCAAGGAUAAGAUUACUGUCAAGAAGGUUGAAAAGGGUAUCUGUUAUAUCUAUGUUAAAUGAUUUUGGGAAGUUUCUGAGGAAGAACACAAGAAGAGUGGCACUGUCAACUUCAAUUUCUGUGAUAUUGGGUUUGUGUUAUUUGUUUCUAAGAUUGACAGCAACUCCUUCUCCAAAGGUUGUUCCAUAUUCAGACUUGAUUACCAGCCUUCAGGGAGGAUCUGUAUCAAAGGUUCAAUUUGAGGAAGGCACGCGGCGUAUUUACUACAAUACGAACUUGUGGAGUCUUAAAAAUGCUCAGACAGGCGACGAUAAUUCCUUAGUUCCUGAUGAAAGCACAAUCAUCACUGAGGAAAACAAAGAUAUAGAUAGCAACAAAGGUGGCAGGGAUGUCUUCAGUAAAAUACCAAAAGCCCAAGGUUCUACCCCUGUAUGGCAGUUUAGUACAAGGAAGAUUGAUCAUGAUGAAGGAUAUCUUCUUAGUCUAAUGAGGGAAAAGGGAACAGCGUAUGGCUCAGCCCCACAAUCAGCACUUAUGUCAAUUAGGAGCUUAUUAAUUACUAUGUUAUCUUUAUGGAUUCCUUUGACUCCUAUAAUGUGGCUUCUCUAUCGUCAGCUUUCUGCUGCCAAUAGCCCUGCAAGAAAAAGAAAGCCAAGUAACCAGGUGGUUGGCUUUAAUGAUGUGGAGGGUGUGGAUGCUGCAAAAGUGGAACUUAUGGAGAUAGUGUUGUGCCUGCGAGGAGCUAUAAACUUCAGUAAGCUAGGGGCAAAGUUACCAAGAGGUGUACUGCUUGUAGGUCCACCAGGGACAGGAAAAACCUUACUAGCUCGUGCUGUGGCAGGAGAAGCUGGAGUACCCUUUUUUUCUGUUUCUGCUAGUGAAUUUGUUGAAAUGUUUGUUGGAAGAGGAGCUGCUCGUAUUAGAGACCUUUUCAGUGUAGCAAGAAAGAAUGCUCCUUCAAUCAUUUUCAUUGAUGAACUUGAUGCUGUCGGAGGAAAGCGUGGCAGGAGUUUCAAUGAUGAGAGAGACCAAACUUUGAAUCAGUUGCUUACGGAGAUGGAUGGCUUUGAAUCGGACUUGAAUAUCAUUGUAGUUGCUGCUACUAAUAGACCAGAAGCUCUAGAUCCAGCACUAUGUCGACCUGGACGCUUCUCCAGGAAAAUCUUAGUGGGGGAACCUGAUGAAGAUGGAAGGAGAAAGAUCCUGGCUGUACACUUAAGAGAAGUUCCCCUUGAGGAGGACCUGGAGCUUGUAUGUAACCUGGUUGCAUCUCUUACCCAGGGCCUUGUAGGUGCUGACCUUGCCAACAUUGUCAAUGAAGCUGCUUUGCUUGCUGCUCGAAGAGGGGCUGAUUGUGUGUCAAGGGAAGAUAUAAUGGAAGCCAUAGAAAGAGCAAAAUUUGGGAUUAAUGAUAAGCAAUACACCCAAAGUGCAAUAGGCAAGGAACUGGAGAAACUGUUCCCUUGGGUUCCUUCUUUCAUUAGGAAGAACAGUACAAGAAGUGAUGCAAUGCAAGGACCUCUGGGGUAUCAAGCACUCAGCUGAGAUAUUAACCCUCUUGUUUGUAUAAUGUUUUUUUUUUCUCCACAUAUUGAAGAAUGUAAUGCAAUGGAAAAAAUGGUUGUUCAUUAUUCAUAUUGCCGACCUCAACUUGUUUGAGAUUGAGAUAUAGUAUCAAGAAUGUAACCGAAAACUUAUACAUGAAUUUUUUUUGGCAACAAUUUGUACAAAGAUUUUUAUUUUUUUGGUAUUAAUGUCCCUUCUUCCCUUUUUUGGGAUAUGUGGGGCAGAACAUUUGAACCUUCAACAUGGUUAUAAACAUAGAUAAAGAUCACUGGCUGA